AACAAGGAAAAAAGAAUAGAAAAGAGCAUUUGACAAUGGGUAUCUGCGUAUCAACUGCAUCUUAUGAGAUUCAUGCUGUUGAUUUUGGCAAUGAAAAUGUGGUUCACUAUGAAGACAACAACAAUGGGUACCAACAAGUUGGUUCUGUUUUUUCUCAACAAGGAAACAAAGGAAUCAAUCAAGAUUCUGCAAUUCUCUAUCAGGGGUAUGGUGUAGAAAAUGGAGUUUUUGGUGGAGUUUUCGACGGGCAUGGAGAGAAUGGACACAUAGUCAGCAAGUUAGUUAUGAAUAAGUUGCCAUCUUUGCUUCUGAAACAUGUUCUUUCUCUGCCAAAGAUCACUUCUCCAAAACAAAAUGUGAAAGCUGUUGAUGAUAAGAAUUUUAACAAAUGGAAAGAGGCUUGUUUGAGUUCCUUUAAGGUAAUGGAUAAAGAUAUUAAAAGCCUUGAGAAAUUGGACUGUUCUUGCAGUGGAACUACUGCUGUGGUUGCUAUAAGACAGGAUGAUGAUCUGAUUAUCGCUAAUCUUGGCGAUUCUCGAGCUGUGCUAGGAAGAAAGACAGAGGAGGGAGUAAUUGAGGCUGUUCAGUUCACUAUUGAUUUGAAGCCUAGCCUGCCUUCUGAAGCAGAAAGAAUAAGAAAGUGUGAUGGCAGAGUGCUUGCAUUAAAAGAAGAACCACAUAUACAAAGAGUGUGGUUACCUCAUAAAGAUGCUCCAGGACUAGCCAUGUCUAGGGCCUUUGGAGAUUUCAUGUUAAAAGACCAUGGCAUAAUCUCCAAGCCUGAUGUCUCCUAUCACCAUAUAUCUUCCAAUGAUCAGUUUCUCGUUCUAGCAACCGAUGGGGUGUGGGAUGUGCUGAGCAACGACCAAGUCGUCUCGAUAGUGAGCGCAACAAAUAAUGCAGCAGCAGCCUCAGAGGCAGUGGUACAGGCUUCUUUAGAUGCAUGGAAACAGAAGUUUCCAAACAGCAAGAGAGAUGACUGCGCUGUCAUCUGCAUAUACUUGCAACUGCAAGCAUGUUUGUCCGAUAAAUAGUACUUAAGCAACCGCUAUAAGCAAUUAAUGGCUUUUCUUAUUAUACUAAUUUCAGAUUGCAAAAACCGCAGCAUAUGUCAAAGCUACGGGUUGGCUACCUGCCAUCCUUUUGGAUGCUGCAAGUGCAAUUUAGUAGUACUAGUAUGGUCAUGGCAAAAUGUAAAGCUUGUUAUCCAUCUUGUUUUAGUGUUCUAUUAAGAACUGUGGAUAGCUAGUUGUCUUGAAUGUACGCAAAUUUUCAGCUAAACGUGAGAUGUUUUAACUGAUUGUGUAAAUCUAUCAGUAAUCUUGAAGAGUGUGUGCUCUAUUUUGGGGGCAAUACAGUAUAUUUAUGUUCUUUUCACAGGCCA